AUGUCGGCGGCGGGGCCAAACACGAAGCUCUCACCAACUCUGAAACCGCCGGACGCUCUGACUGGGAGCCGCCGGCCACCAACAACAACAUCCUCCCCAAAUGGAAAAGGAGAUCGAGAAGCGCAGCACCAGAAAAAGAAAGCGAAAGACACCCCGAUGUCCGAGGCUAGGAUACCUGGGGGAGCAUGGACGAGCGGAAGAAGGCAUUUCAUGGAUGAGAAUAAAGAUGUUGAGGGAUGGUACGUGGCUGAUUCGGAUUCGGAGGAAGUAGCGGAGGCUGAGAGGGAAGAAGAUGACUAUGCCCCUGAAGGGGAAUAUGAUCCAACAUGUCCAACGGUGCUGUUCUCGACGGCUGAAAAACGCUCGUUUCGACGAGACUGGAGAUCCGCCCUGGUUGUUAGAGGCCUGGGGCGCAAUGUCCCCUUUAACCUACUCUCACCGUGCCUUCAUCAGCUGUGGGCAAAACAUGGAGGGCUCCAUAUCUCCGACAUGCAAAAUGAAUGCUACUUAGUUAGGUUCCGGAAAAAGGAGGAUUACGAGGCUUCAAUUUCAGGAGGACCAUGGAUCCUUGGUGACACGUACCUCACGGUACACCGGUGGUAUCGUGGUUUUGAUCCAUGGACCGCGGUGACAAAAUCUUCUAUGGUGUGGGUGCAGCUCCCAUGCGUUCCACCAGAGCUUUUUAACCAGGUGGCAGUGAUGAGGAUAGCAGGGCUGAUUGGAAAAUCGGUUCGAGUCGAUCGGGCAACUUUAGAAGGAGCACGGAUGAAGUAUGCAAGAGUCUCUGUCGAGGUUGAUCUCACCAAACCAUUGCUAUCGAAGUACAAGAUUGAAGGAAAGGAAUAUUUUAUAACUUAUAAAGGAUUAUUUAACGUCUGUUUUGAUUGUGGAAGAUAUGGACAACAGACCCAUGCAUGCAGCAUGCCCAUGCAAAAAUCCACCAGAGACCACUUUUGA